GUGUGUACUAAAAAUACAAAGAUGGUUGUUUAGAGAACUGUCAUCAUGCAGUUAACUAGCUGACAUCAGCAGCUGUUAUCAUAUCAAAACCAGUUUGACCUAAAUACCAAACUGACAUUUUAUUCCAACAACUGAUGUCUCUUACAAGUUACUGAGCAUGAAAUGUCAGCACGUAGGCGACGAGUUACUGGCGACGUAGACGAUGUUCCACUGACAUCAUAUAACGAUCCACGUCAAUUUGGUGGUACAUUUUACGGAGGACAAUCCCAAGGAAAUGGAAAGCCAGACAACUGGCAAAUAGAUAGUGAUAAUAAGGAAAAUUUAAGUAAUUAUAAUUAUAUUCCAAUCAUGACGUCGCGCGAUAGGAGUAACGAGUUCGCAAAUGCCAUCAAGACCAUGCAAGGCAGAACUAUGAUGAGGAUUAAUGUCAAAAGUCCAACUCAUGGCAAGCAUUUCCAAAGCUACUCACAAUUUAUGAUGAUUGCUAAGAAUAUUGGGAAAAAUAUCGCAAGUACUUAUGCUAAGCUUGAAAAACUCGCGAUAUUGGCAAAGAAAAAGUCUAUUUUUGAUGACAGACAAUUGGAAAUAGACGAGCUGACAAAUAUUAUCAAGACUGACUUGAGCAGUCUAAACAAACAAAUCGGUCAACUUCAGGAAUUGAGCAAGCAACAGAGAGAAUCAUCCUCUAAAAGUCAUCAUAUAGCUUCGCAUUCCUCUUCUGUGGUGGUUACUCUCCAGUCAAAGCUUGCCAAUAUGUCUAAUCACUUCAAGAACGUACUUGAAGUACGCUCUGAGAAUAUGAGGGAAGAGCAAAACAGAAGACAGCAGUUCACUCAAGGGCGUGUAAAUACUAAGUUACCAUUAACCGGUGGACAACAAAGCUCAUUACUCCUUGAGGAACAAGAUACUAGAGGCAAUUCUGUUAGUAUAAAUGUUGAACCCAUGGGAGGGCAAAUGAUGAUGCAACAGGCGAUUCGAGAUGACACGGACUCUUAUGUGAUGUCUCGAGCAGAAACGAUGCAAAAUAUAGAGUCUACGAUAGUUGAACUUGGAGGGAUUUUUUCGCAGUUAGCUCAUAUGGUUAAGGAACAAGAAGAAAUGGUUGAAAGGAUAGACACAAACAUCGAAGAUACAGAACUGAACGUCGAGGCGGCUCACACUGAAAUCCUAAAAUACUUUCAGUCAGUCACCAACAAUCGGUGGCUGAUGAUUAAAAUAUUCGCAGUGCUUGUAUUUUUCUUUAUAUUUUUCGUUAUUUUCUUGGCGUAGUUUUUUUUAUAAAUCGCCAAUAGACAAUUU